AUGGAGUUUACGCGAUUGUGUGAGAAAGAGGACGCCCUGCAAAUGCGAUGGGUUUUGAUGGACCUGAGCCCAGACGAGAUGGACAUGGCGAAGAGGGGAGAGGCCAGGAAGCUGACCUAUCAUCUCCUCAUGAAGAAUGCCGACGCAGCGUCAGCACUGCAGCCUUCGCCGGCCUCUGCAACAUUGCGUGCCGCAGCGGAAGCGGCAAUGCGCCGGGAGAAGCUGGAAGCUGCUGUGAAACAGAAGGCUGACGAGGAAAGAGCGGAGCUCAACAGGAAGAUUGCUGCUGAAGCGGCGCAGCGCCGGCGGCUUUUCUCCGAGCUACGACAGAUUCGACCUGUUCCUACACCUGUUCAGCACCCGCGUGCAGCCGUGAGGAUGCAGUUUCGAACACAGUCGACGAGCAAGCUCGGCGCAAGCCCAGCUUUUAUGAUGGGCCUGGCGCCAAAUGAGCUCGCAAGCACGACCUGUCUCAGGUAG